AUGGGCGCUGAACGCGAGUUUGAAGAACUGAGAAGGGGCCAUACUACUUCAAUGGCUGUACCUGUUGGCAAGCUGGAGCGAUGCCAUACUGGAUACCGUCAUCCGUUCAUCUUUGGUCUUAUCUUUUCCGGAGGAGUGGGCGUCAUCGAGCAUGCACUGAAACGACUGGUAUGGGAGGUGAAGAUCCCAUCGUCAACCACACAGAUCACCCUUAGUAGAAAGCAGAUACAGUAUGUCCUAGACGAAUUGGGGGGCUAUGCCGAACUGAGAGACGAACAAAAUCAAUGCCAGGUAUCAUGCUUCGAACGCAUAUGGGAAUCCUAUUCUUUACUGUGCCCCGAUCUCUCUGCGACACUUGAAGGCCAAUUUGAUCGACUGCGACAAGAACUCGUCGGAAAUCGUGCAUUGCCGAAAGAGACCUUCCUCGUCGACCCUAUGCUUUGUAGCCUCAUCUAUGGUCGUACCCUUGUUACUGUCUCUCCCAGUCGACCACCUCGACCAAUCCCUCCACCAGGUCCAAAUGCCGACAUCUAUACGAUAUGUCCGAAAUUCGCGAUGCUACCCUCUGAUGUCGAGGUCUCGGGCGAUGGCACUGCAAGAUUUCUAUCCUACAUCAACAAUCUUCAUUAUGGAAGCAAUCCUGUGCUCUACAACGCACUGGAAAGGCUCUUGACCAGGUCGAUCCCACUGUUCGAGCAUACGCUGACGGAUUUGCAUCGAAAUAACCCGCUGCAUCAGAGGAUCAAAGGAGCAUCGAGGUAUACGGUUUGGGACGAACCUGAUCCACCGGAGCAUUCAGACGAUGAGGAUGGGUGGUCGGAGUUUGAGACGACGAUGAGGAAUUGGGUGAUGAAUCGACCAAUCGAGCUCCCUGAUGUUCCAGUUACGGGGUAUUCGGGCGAGAGACAGCAACGACGACAUGUGGUUAGUCUGAGGGGUAGGAAACUGCAAGUGGUCACAAGGGUGCAGGAGAUUCAGUUGAAUCCCGGUGAACCUGAACAUCCCGGUUUCGAAUGGCAUGUUGAGGGUAUGCGGAAUGAGCGAAUAGUUGCUUGUGCAACCCAUUUUUUGACAUAUGAGAAUUUGGAUCCGUCAGGGUCAAUGGAAUUCAGGAUGGCGGUUGCACAUCCUCGCGGGUUCAUCCCGGGAGACGAAGGCGCAACCUUGCGUACCUGGGGUUUCAUGGACGGCGACCCAUGUCACCAGUAUAAUGGAGCUGUCCCACUUCGUGCAAACCUCAGUGUCAGUUAUCCGAACCUCUACCAGCACCGCAUCUCCCCUCUCCGACUUGCCGACACAUAUCAACCAGGCCGUGUCACUUUUGUCACGUUCCUUCUUGUGGAUCCCGACAUCCAGCCCAUUAUCUCGACAGCGAAUGUUGGGCCUCAACAGGCGCAGUGGAUCAAGAAGGCGUUGUACGACACCCUCUGCCCUUCACGGCUCCCGGCUGAGUUGAUAGAGAUAAUUUAUUCCAAAUGCGACUGGUUGCUGCACGAAGAGGAUGCAAGGCAAUACAGGGAGGAAUAUGUGGAUCUUUUGGUUAACUUUACGGCCAGGAACGACCAGUGCUAUUUCUCAUUACCGUUCGAUGCAUGGGCUGGACAAUGA